CUUCCGGGUGCGCGCUCGACUUCCGGCAGGGGGCGGAAACUAAUGGACGCUUUCCUACGUUAGCAUAACAUAGCAAAGGUACGGACGCCCAAGCUGCGGUGAUGUGAAGCGCCGCCGCCGCCGCAAUGAGAUAACAUGGAUAAAGUCACAAGUGACUCUUCAACGGCUGACGAAGAAGAAAGUUCGGACACCAAAAUUAUAUGUUUAAGAAGAGUCGGGAGAAAUUCUGACUGGCUUCGCUUGUUUGAAAACACAGAGGUUACUAUUGGCCGUGGCUUAGAUGUGACCUAUCAGCUUCUGUCGCCUAACUGCCCUUUAAUGAUAUCCAGGCUGCACUGUAUUUUCUCCCAAAAAGAAGAUGGACACUGGACAGUCACAGACAACAAGAGUAUCAAUGGUGUGUGGGUGAAUGGCUGCCGCAUACCCAUCCAAGAAGCCCACCCCCUUAAGUUCGGCGACUCCAUACAACUUGGCGUUCCUGUCAUCGGGUCCAAAGUGGAGUAUGACUACACGCUUGUGCAGCGGUCGCUCAGAGAAAUUAGGCACAACUUGGCAAAGAGCGAGCAAGAGGGCGCAAAGGUCAAGAAACCGAAGAGGAAGUUGACACAGGCCGAAGUGGAGCCAUCCACUUCAAAGUCCAAACGGCACCGCUGCUCGUCCGCAGACAAGUCCUUGGCUCAGUCGUGCCCGCAGCCUCCGGUCAAGCCCGAGCCGCAAGAGAAUGAAGAAACCAAAGUGACCUGCGGUGCCCCAGGUGUCACCCGUGACAUAGACGACUUAGAAAUGUAUAGCCAGAACAUCUUGAUGUUGAGGGAGCAGGUGGAUAACACCCAAAGGCAGGUCGCCACGCUGGAGGGUGGGCCCCAUUCCAGUGACCCGCACAAGAGGGAGCGGGUCAAAGAACUGCAAGGGCAGCUGAAGACGUUCUGUGCCAAGAUGCAACAAAUGGAGACUUUAGAGGGGUUCUUCAGUGCAACUAAGCGGCAGAUAGAGAAAACACAGCAGGUAGAGGACCUGAUGGAAAAAAAGUUGGAAGAAGCCUUGCAGGAGCAAAAGAAAGUAAUAGAUGAACUCGCCCACUCUCGGAAAAGCUUCGAGGAGAUAAUCCUGGCCAAGGACAAAGAGCUUGAAGUCACAAAGGAGGAGAAGGAAAAGGCGAGAGCCCAGAAGGAGGAAGUUGUCACCCAAGUGACCGAGGUCUUGGAAAACGAGCUUCAGUGCAUCAUUUGCUCUGAGCUCUUCGUUGAGGCAGUUAUCCUGAACUGUGCUCACAGCUUCUGCUCUCACUGCAUCAAGCAGUGGUGCAAGAAGAAAAACGAGUGUCCCAUCUGCCGACAAGCCAUCAAGUCUCAAACCCGAUGUCUGGCGCUGGACAACUGCAUCGAUAGCAUGGUGGAAAACCUGGGCUUGGACUUUAAGGCCAGGCGCAAGAUACUUCUCUCUGAGAGGAAAGGUCAUUUCUCUGGAGUCCUCAAUGCAAUAAUGUCCAGGCACAUCGGAAGCACCCUGACUGUGGACAGAAGGAGACUGAGGAGGAUCAUUGCUGAAAACCCAAAUUGGUCCUUGGGCCUAGUUCCCUUUUUAUCAAACCUCUGCCUUGAAUCUAUCGUGAGAAACUAUGAGGGAACCCCCAUCUAUGCGGAGCUUAGACCCAGCCAGAGAGCCUUCGUGCAGGAGAGACUGUCCACAGAUCUGCCACUUCCUGUGACCGCCAACUCCAUCGAUGAUGGCGUCUACUGGAAGCGAUGCUGUGAGCAGCGGUGGGAAAUUUGCGACGUGUCUCGUUACGGCAACAGCUGGAAGCGCAUGUUCUUCGAGAGGCACCUGGAAAACAUUAUUGAGCAAUUCAUCCCGGAGACGAGUCACCUCAAGGUGAUCACAGACGCCAUUCCUCUAUGCGAGAGGUACGUGAAGAAGCUGGACAUCUCCCAAAUGCUGCCGCCCAUCAAGGAAGUCAAGCCGGGAAAGCAGGAAGAGGAAAUGGACUUGCUGAGUGAAGCGGACUCGGACGCGGCUCUCAUGGAACACUUUGACUUCCGUAACCUCCUGAACAAGCUGAGCAACCUGGAGGAGGUCCACUUGACCUACUGGGUCAAACAGUGUGGAAUGAACUUUGAAUGGAGGAUGUUCGAGAUGGCGGAACGGGACUGUGAGACUCUCUCCAAGGCUCUUGCAUCCUGCAAGGUCUUGAAAGUGGUACGACUCUAUGAAAGUCACAUCGAUGAUAGCAAAUGCAAGAUGCUGGCCAACACCCUAGUCAACCACCCCUCCCUAACGGAGCUCAACCUUUCGCACAACAUCAUCGGGGACAAGGGGGCCAAGGCGGUCAGCAAGCUGCUCCAAAGCAGCAAGCUGGAGGUCCUGAACAUGAGCGACAACGUCAUUCGAGACGCGGGAGCCAACGCCAUCGCAGACGCCCUGGCUAAUAACUGCCCGUUGUUGUCCCUCAACCUGCGCAUCAACCGCAUAAGCGACGAGGGCGGGCAGGCCAUCGCCGUUGCCUUACUGAGAAACAAGACCCUGCACCACCUGCACCUGGGAGCCAACCUGGUGACCGGUCCUACCGCCAUCAGACUGUCAGAGGUGCUGGCUAAAAAUCAAACCCUGAAGAGCAUCAACCUCUCCUGCAACAAACUGGGUGUGGAUGGAGGAAAAGCUCUGGAGGAGGCCAUUUCUCAAAAUAGCUGCUUAACACAAUGUGAUGUCCGACUGACGGAGGUCGACGAGCAGAGCGCCUCCGUUAUCAACCAGGUGGUUCGGACCAAUGAGAGAUUGGAACGACAGAAAUAAGCACAAGGAGCCAAAUCACCUGCCUGACAGUCUUCAGAGUACACAACAUCAAAACACAGCGGAAGAGACUCUUGACCGCAAAGAUCAGAUGGCAUUAUUGUGGUACAGUGUUAUAUGAAGUGUUUUAUCAGUCUUUUGUAAAAACGUUUGGUCUAGCUUUUUGCAUGCAAGUGAAUAAGUGUACGGCUGUGCAAUGAUGUGUGGAACGUCACAAGACUAUUGAUAUU